AUGAAGCACAGCCACUUCAGCUGGACACCUGUGGAGUUUGAAGUGGACCAGAUUCGACUGAUUGUAUACCAAGAUUGUGAAAGGAGAGGUAGACAUGUUCUGUUUGAUUCUAAAGCAGUGCGUAAAGUUGAAGGUGCUUCAGUGCAGAAAGGUUCAGAUGAUGUGUCCACAUUGCAAGGGAAGUGCCACCACACAGGUAGCAGUAGUACCUGCACCCAAAAUCUCUCCUCUUCCAUUGCUGUUAAAGAGCAACUGCCUAGAUAUCAGUAUUCGCGUCCUGUUUCUGAUGUCAACAUGCUUGGAGAAAUGAUGUUUGGCUCUGUUGCAAUGAGUUACAAAGGCUCUACUUUGAAAAUACAUCAUAUACGCUCCCCCCCUCAAUUAAUGAUCAGUAAAGUAUUCUCCGCGAGAAUGGGCAGUGUUGGAAGCUCAAAUAUGCUGCAAGAUAGUUUUGAAUGCAUCAACCAAGAAAACACCGUAGGAAAGCCUUGUCCUAGUCAGGAUGGUAUCAGUAACUCUCGUAUUGCUAGUAACCUGGGUCAUUUGCUGGUUUGUGGCAGCAAGCUGCUACUAUGUCCUACUGAACCAGGUCCACUCCAACUCAUCCGGAGUGCUUCUUUCUUUGCAGGUUUGUGUGGAAUGCUCAGCAUAGUGUGGACCACACAAAAGCACUUGUCCCAUUUUAUGAUUUUCAAAUUUUUUAUUCUUACUUCUCUCCCUAACUUCAGAUUCUUUUCAGCACUAAUAACAGCUGUGCUCACAUAUCACCUAGCCUGGGUUCCCACAGUUAUGCCAAAUGACCACCCUCCUAUAAAGGCGUUUCAUGAGAAACAUGCAUCCCAGAAUGUGGACCUGUUGGGAAAAUCACAUCCAUAUAAUCCUCUUUGGGCACAACUUGGUGAUUUGUAUGGAGCUAUUGGUUCUCCAGUGAGGCUCGCCAGGACUGUUGUAGUUGGGAAGCGUAAAGAACUAGUUGAACGCUUACUUUUUGUCCUUAGCUACUUUAUACGGUGCUCAGAUCUUCAAGAAAACCAGCUAAUGUGCAAAGGGAAACUAUCAGAAGGUGAGAAUAUUCAAGCAGGAACCAAGAUCUCCACUGCACUAGAGAAGGGAGAAGUGGAAGAAUCAGAAUAUGUAGUUGUCACUGUUCAUAAGGAUGACCCUAUUGUUGUGACUCCACUUCAAUCUUCAACCAAUGUUGGGAAAGAAAAUAUGAUGGCUGUAGAUAAAUCGAUACAACUAGAUUUCACAUCCAAAGCGGUUAGUAGCAGAAAGCCUGAAUCUGAUAGCUAUGAAAGGUAUACUUCUGGACAGUACAAUGAACCCCCUUCAGUUAUGAAUGGAGCCAAAUUUGAUGCUGCUAACACUUGCGCAGAAAUCACAAUGCUGAUUCAAGAAAAUGCAAAAGAGACUGUAACGACUGUGAAAGAGUCUGCACUGUGUACCACAGAGAUACAAAUGCUUGGGCAUGAAGGAUUUGGAUUAACAGAUAGACCUACUCAUUCUGCAUCACCAACUGCAGCAAAGCUGGCAAGCAGUCCACCAGUGAAAAUGUCUCAAGCUGUUUCUGUCCUAUCUGGAAUGAAGUGUCCAGACAGGUUUCCUCAAAGGAGCCCACACCUGCAGGAUAGAGUGCUGUUUCAGAUUGGGUGUUCACUGUCACCUGACUCUGAUAUUGAAACUAGAAGGCAGGAAAUGGAAGAACAGGUGGAACAAUUCAGGAACCACCAAGAUGGAAAAAAUAACAGUAAUCAACUGCAAAAAGACAUCGACUUGUCAAAAAUAGACACUGUAGAUCAACCCACUGAGGCUGGAGGAAGAAUGCAGGAAAAGCAGAACCAUUAUUGUGAGAGAGUUCCUUUUUCUGAAGGAAACACCAGUAUCUUUGAACAUUUCACUGAGGACAAUGGCCCUGCAGCAAGCAAAGUAGCUGAGCUGUCUAACCAGGUUUCUGGUAUCUCCAUUGCAAAGGAAACGGUCAAAUUAUUUGUGUGCUCAAAUAGAGAAAACACCAUCCCCAACACAGCAGCCAUAAGAACUUCAUGCUGUGACAAUUUGGAAAUGCCUCCACUUGACUUGGUUGAUGCUAAUUCUGGAAGUCAGAAUUAUGGGGACACAGCCUCUACUGGCAUUCUCUGUGGGGAGGAGGAUGAUUCUGGGAAGAAUGUUGCCUUGAGGAUAGAUGGUGACAUUCCCAGGAAUGAAAGUUCUGACAGUGCUCUUGGAGACAGUGAUGAUGAGGAUGUAACCCACGACUCAUCAACGCAAGGACUGGAGUGUUUUAAUGAGAGACGAGAUACCAUGGAAGAGCUUGAACUUUCAACAGCAAGCAUCAAAAUGAGCAGUAGAUCAACUAUCAAUAAUUUUGGAAAAUCUUUGUUUGGUGGAUACUGUUCUCAAUAUGUCCCAGACUUAGUCUUACAUGGAACUUGCUCUGAUGAGAAACUGAAACAGUGCUUAAUGGCGGAUUUAGCUCAUGCUGUGCAGCACCCUGUUUUAGAUGAGCCUAUUGCAGAAUCUGUCUGUAUUAUUGCAGACACAGACAAGUGUUCAGUGCAAGUGGCUACAAACCAGAAGAAAGUGAUGGAUAGCAAGUUGGGUAAAGAGGUUUUGGUCUCUAACCUGGUUUCCUCCUUGCUCCAAUCAAUUCUCCAACUUUACAAACUGAAAAUCCCACCUGAUUAUUGCGUAAUCCAUCUUGAGGAUAGACUUCAAGAGCUGUAUUUUAAAAGCAAGAUGCUGUCCGAAUACCUGAAAGGCCACACCAGAGUGCAUGUAAAAGAACUGGGAGUGGUGCUGGGGAUUGAAUCGAAUGAUUUACCUCUGUUGGCUGCUAUAGCAAGUACUCAUUCUCCAUAUGUUGCCCAAAUACUCUUAUAAGCUAAAUAUUCAGAACAGCCUUUGCGAGAAAGGACUUAAAAAUCAAACUGAGCGCAUCGGACAGCACUGAGUUUGUAAACUUCAAGCACAUGGUUACAAGUAGCAUGCAAAAUGACAACUGGAUUGUGCUGCAGUGUGCAUUCAGUAAUUUUUUUUUAUAAUGUAGACGUUCUGUCAUUUUUCAGAAUUUCUGAAAAAUAUGUUCAUAUCAGUGAGAAAUUUUAAUGAGAAGUGACUAAGAUUUUUAACAGAACUUAAUGAAGUCUUUCAAAUUCUUCAAACAUAAGGGUGACAACUAAAGCAUCUAUUUUGUAAGAAACCGACCAGACUCCCAUGCCAUCUUGAAUGUUUGCUUCUGUGAUGUUUUGACUUUUGAGUCACUUUAUCAAUUGCCUUAACUGAUAUGUAAUUGAGUAUUACAAAAAACAUUCCUAUUCCAAAAAUAUGAAAUUGCAUCUAUUGAUUUUACAUUUUUGAAUUGCAAGGAUACUGUACAAUCCUGCACAAAGCACAGCAAAAAAACUCCAACUUAGCAGUUUACUUUGUACAUUGAUUGAUUUGACAAUUUUUGAGUCUAGCUGUCUGUUCACCUUUAAAGGGACAAAGUAGGCAGAAAUAUAUUUUUUAAAACUUUUAUGGAGUAUCUUCCUUAAAUGAGUGUUGUUUACAAUGAUUUCUGAGCUUAUGCAAGAUUGCAUUUUUCUGUUAAACAGCUUAUAGUACAUGGAAUAGUGGGGCUAGUCUUGUGAUAUCAGCUUUGUACAAAUAUAGACUCUGCCCUUUUGCAUUUAAUUAAUAACCAUAUUAGUGAUGACCAACAGGGUUGUGUUAAAUAAUUCUCAGACUGACUGAUUUUAAUGGAGAAUUCUAAAAUGUUGAAUGAUAGGAAUAUUGAAAAUUAGGAUUCUUGGGUGUGGGGUAUACUGUAUUUUGGUUGUGUACAUGCGUAUGGUACAAUCUCAGCCAGUAAGAACUGUAUAGAGACUGUGUUUGUCUAUCAUAAAUCUAAUGACAGUAAUGAAUUUCAAAAACCUGCUGGGGAAAUGUUCCAAUUAAAAGUACAAAUAAUUAAAUUGAUGAGUAUCCCAGAAUGUGCUGCAACUUCACCCAGUGGUUGGGGAAGGAAAUCUUUUACAUUACACUUGGCUAAUAGUAUUUCCUGUGGAACCAGAUAGUCAGCUCAAUGAUGGGUCACCUUUUUGAAUUAGUGCACAGGAGACCUUGGAAAUAAUCCUUCUGCCAUUGAUUUCCGCACAAAACGGUGGGGUUUCCUAUCUGGUACAUAAGUUGACUGUAUUGGUUGGAGAAAUUUCAUGAAUAAUUUUACUAUUCCUUUUCCCCAGUCCAGCCUUUGCUAAAGCAGCAUUCAUCCAUUGGGGUUAUUACUUUACAUAUGACCUAUUUACAUGUGACAGAGCUGUUGUUUUGCUUUUAUUUUCAUUUUAAUGCUGAACAAACUGGGCGGGGCUUCUGUUAAUAGAGAAUUUGAAUUUAAGCAUAUUGGUGAUUUGCCACUAGAAAGGAUCAUGUUUUAUAAACCUAGAAUUAUGAAGUGGGAAAGUAAUGAAAUCCGCUAUGAACAUAUUUCUGAAGUUUGAUGCUCAUCUUGCAUGCUUUCAAUGAAAGUAGUGGCUUGAUGCUAUACUUCAGUUUGUUUUCUAGUUUUGAUUUUAAAUUAAAUUUCUGAUGAAUAGCAUACUCAAGCAUGCAAAUAUUUCUAUGAUUAGACAUAAUUAUUUGGAAGGAAGUGGAUAUCAACUGUAUAUAAGCUUUGUCCUUAAACUUUUAAAUGUUGUAGAGCCUGAAAUUUGUGCACUUUUUGAAGGCAGCAUACCAUUUGAUUUUCUUGUCACAAACAGUUAUAAGUUACUGAUAGCUGCAUUUUUAACAUUUGUGGCAUCUAGCAAACUUACUGAUCUAAUUUAAUAUAUUCCAACUUUUAAGUUUUUAAUUUAGUUUAUUCUCAUCACCUAUUCCCAUGAAACCCACUACACCAAAUACAGAAACUAAAUUGUAUAAGACAAAAAUAGAAACUACUGGAAAAGUUCAACAGGUCUGGCAGCAUCUGUGGAGAGAACACAGUUAACAUUUUGGGUCAAGUGACCCUUCUGCAGAACUCUGUUCUGAGGAAGGGUCAGUCGACCCAAAACGUUGACUCUGAUUUCUCUCCACAGAUGCUGCACGACCUGCUGAGCUUUUCCAGCAAUUUCUAUUUUUGUCUUUGACUCACAACAUCUGCAGUCCUUUCAGUUUUUAUCUGUUAUUCAGCUUCAUGUAUGCAUCAAAACAAUGAGAAAUAUUACCAAGCAUGUAUGUUACCAUCAUCCACAGAAUCAGAUGAUAUCUGGUUUUUAUUCAAAUACCCUGAUAUCCACAUACUUCUGCUAUCCCACUAAUGUAUGUAUUGAAAGAAUAAGUUCAAAACCUAUACAAAUCAAGCUUAAGAACUUCUUGUCGGAUCAUUUGGGGGAUUAAAUAUCGUAGGUGUGGAAGGCGCUAAUUUAAUGGUUUUUUUUUUGUUAACCCCCAUUUUCAUUUGAGGUAGUGGUCUAUUUUAGCCAUUGGCUGCAUAAGUUGAAUUUUGGAUCCACUGCCAACUAUUGAGUGAAAAGUAUAUUUAUCCUGAAUUACAAUAUUAGUGUUGUAGAGAUACAGUUCAACGUAGAGGUUAACUUUUGGUUGUCAAUAAAGUUCUCCUGGCAUAAUUUUACAAAACAGUACAAAUCUUACAAGCUGAAAUAGAAAGUGUGCUUACUUAAUUAUUACACUUGUGUGCCAGUGCCUUGAUUGUCCCUUUUUUAAAUGUUUGUAGCUGGAGCAGGUGUUCCCCUUGCUCAGUUAGUCUAUUAACCUGCAAGCUAAUCUUUUAAGACUGCACUUAGUUUUUUUUUCCAUCUUUGUAACCUGUUUCAAUUGGAACAGCUUAGGCCACUACUUGGUGUUUCCUUGUUUCUUCAUUUUAGAUAUUUGUCAGGUCCAGGAUGAGUGCUGUUCUGCAUAUUUUUGCCUGCAUAUUAAAUUAUUGGUUACUCAUUCACUUUUCUACUGCAUCAUUUGAACAAAUGAGAACCAAAUGCUGCAUUUGUAACCUCAUACAUUAAUUUGUUGUGUACGUAUCUGGCUUUUAACACAGUAAGUGGGCUUUUCUAAGUUUUGUUAAAGCUUGGUCUCUAUACAUCAAUUUUUAAAUGUGGGAAAAUUUGAGAAACCUGAAUUUUCAUAAUUUUUAUUUUUUAAAAAUAGAAAGCUCAAGUAUGUUUCUAUUUUAAAUGGGAAUUUAAACUUGCUGGCAAAUUCUGAGAACUAUUGCUUGUUAAAACUACCUCAGUUGACUGACAGGAAUCCAAACAUUGAGUUCCUUUAUGUUUCUAAUGUCUUAUCUAUCUAAAUUUGUCUUUGUUUUUGAAUUUUGCUAUAAAAUCAAAAUCAAGUUCCUAAGAUGAUAAAUGGCAUGUUAAUGCAAAGCAAGUUUUAAUUAUACUUGGUGUAACUUCUUUUCGUAAGUAGUUUUUCUGUUGUAAUACCUAAUAAAGUAAGUGUAAAGUGAAUUUUGAAAAUGCUGUUUGGCGUGUGAAACAGUUCCUGAAUGUAACUCUGGAGUAACAGUAGAUAUAGCUGACAUAAGUAUCCUUGUAUUUGGCAUUUUGUCCCCAUUUCAGUGUUAAUAUUAAACUAGUUUUAUUCAAGCCAUCUCCUUCAGACAUGUGAAUUGUAUACACAACUACAAGCCUAUUGGUUUGUAAUUUAUUCUGGAAGUGAUAUGUUGUAUGAAACUCAGAACGUGUACGCAUUCGUGCCAUUGUGUGAGUAUGUACAAAUUUUUGAUCCGAGUUCAGUAAUUGUGUUGUCAGAAUCAUUUUAUAACAAGUUAAAACUUGUCUAAUUUUUUCAAAUAGCUUUUUAAAACUUCCUGCCAACGUGUUUUAAGUUGCAAUGUGGAAAUUUGAGACAAGCAGUUUUGAGUUUAGAACUUCUGUGAACAAGAAAAGUGAUUCAGAAUUCAAGGUUUCAGUAAAAUGCAAUGGAUUUUUAAGUACAGUAAACUUUAUUCUACACACUACAUUGUUAUUUUUAUCUAUUCAGUUCAACGGUGCUAGGAUUGAAUAGAAUGUUGGAAACUGGUCAUGUACAUUCUUUCAUGUAAAUAUUCAGUGUAUUUCAGAUCUUUUUAUGUGCAAUAAACUAUUGGAUUAUA